GAUAAUUGCUACUGCAUGCUUCUCUUAAUAUCACACUUAAAGGUAGUUUGUUGAUGAUAGCAUGAGUGUACGGUGAUAAUUUAGAGUGAUUUUGUCUAUAUAUAAGCAUAAUUUCCUACAGUAUUAAACAUUCACUUUUCUGCUGUUUGUUACAGAUUAGUAAUGUUCAAGAAAAAUAAAAUUAGUAAAACUCAAAUUAAUAAAUCAGUAAACUUACCCAUAUCAAAUAUACCAGUUUGUAGUAAUGAAUCGAAAAUAAUCAAUCAUAGGAAGUGUGCACCUGAUGGAACUUUUCUGUCUGUUGCAUCAUUUCAACCAAAUGGAAAGCCAUUUAUAACCAGUUCAUCAUUUAUUCCUACUAGUUCCACAUUGUCCUCUUCAUUGUAUAUGGAAAACUUGUCAGUAAGAAUUUGGGAAUUUUAUAGUAGCACAAGACAAAGUCCUUUAAAAUAUGAAAAGAAAGUUCGUCUACUUAAUGCUUUACAUAUGGUUGUAUCAGGAGUGUUCGAAAAUGCUGGCCUGUAUAUUGUUGGCUCUUCAAUAAAUGGUUUCGGUUCAAAUCAAAGUGAUAUGGAUAUGUGUUUACUUGUAACAUCGCGCGAUUUACAUCAGAAAAGUGAAGCAACGUUUAUAUUAAGUCGACUUUUACAAUCAUUAAAAAAAUGUCGUUUCCUUUAUCAUUUCACCCUAAUUCGUGCUAAAGUUCCAAUUAUCAAAUUUCGUGAUAGAUAUACCGGUAUUGAUUGUGAUUUAAAUGUAAAUAAUGUAAAUGGAUUAUAUAAUACAUAUUUAUUAGCUAUGUAUGCAAAAAUUGAUUGGCGCGUUAGACCAUUGGGAAUUUUCAUUAAACAUUGGGCUCAAUGUUUGGAUAUUCAUGAUGCUCAACGUGGUCGUCUAUCCACCUAUUGUUUACUUCUAAUGCUUAUUCAUUAUCUUCAAACCGCUUGCAUUCCACCAAUUCUACCUAAUUUGCAAGAAAAAUUUCCAAAUUUAUUUAAUUACACUAUGCAAUCAUAUGAAUUAGAUAUGAAUAUUGAACUUCCAUGGAAUGAAUUACAAUCAAAUAAUUCUAAUAGUUUAGCUGAAUUAUUUAUUGGAUUUAUUUAUUAUUAUACAAAUCAAUUUGAUUUUAAUAAAUGGGCUAUUUCAAUUCGUCAUAAAACACCAUUCAUGAAACAUAUAGCUAUAAAACAUUUACCAUCCUAUGAACAAGGUUAUAUCGUACGAAAUUGUAAAAUUUUCAUUGAAGAACCAUUCUCUCAAACAAAUGCUGCACGUUCAAUACAUUCUGAUAAUAUUGUAUCAUAUAUUAAACAAGCAUUUAUUAAAACAAAUGAAAUUCUAUCUAAUCAAUAUCCUUUAGAAUCAAUUAUGAAUAUAAGAAACAAUUGAUUUAUAUUGAUUAUUGUAAUCAAGAAAAAAAUAUCGAUUAAAUAAUCAUAAUAAUAAUAUGUGAAUAUUUAUACUCGAUGGAGAAUGUUGUUGGUUGGCGGUCUAUACUCCUCCACGAGGGAUAACCGUUGUAUAUAUGUAAGUAAGUAAGUAAAUAUGUAAUAUGCUCACAUUUCAUUAUAUCUAUAAACUGUCAUUAGUUAGAAACUAAUUCAAUGAUGAUAUUUGUAUUCUUACAAUCUUCUUAUUUACUACUUUAUACAUUCCUACAAUAAGAAAUUUUGUUACAUAACUAUCUAUUUUAUUUUGUAUAGAUAAACGUUUCAAUGUUCCUUUCUUAAAAAACAACAACAACAAAACAAGUUGAAUAGUGUUAAUGUAAAAUAAACUCGUUGACUUCCUUCACCACCACCAUCAUCAUCAUCAUAUAGAGGAUCUUUGUAUUUUGUUUUUAUAUUUUUUUUUAGUUCAUUGAUAAAAUUCAUGUCAAUGAUUGUACAUAUUUAUCCAUCUAUCUAUCUAUCUUUGUUCUAUUCAACUUGAUCAUUGAACAAAUAACUUGACUUGUUUGUUUUAAUUGAUUCAUUUCCGUAUUCUUUCUUUUUAAGGAGGGGGUGGUGGUGGUGGACAAAUUCAAAUUUCUAAUAAUAACAAUAAAUCA